AUGGUUGUGCUCAAAUCUGCUCCUCUUAAUGCCCGAUUCCUACAAAGCACACCAACAGGCAGUACACAUGCAUCACCUACUCGUCUUUCAACGGGUCCACAAGGCGCCGCAUCACCCGCAGCGCCUGCUUCAGCGAGCGCGCAAGCGCCUCUACAAUCCUCUAAGCUAAAAUUCACCACAUCGCGCGGCAGUGCGCUCAGGACGACACGCGAGGCAAGUCCCGUGCCGAGUUCGGCGGAUGGUUUUAACGGGUCUGGCACGGGCGGUGUCGCAGGUGACAAGAAGGCGCCUGUUUGGAAUAAAGGCAUGCCGGCGAAAAAGUCUGCAAAAGACUAUACCGAUGAAGAGCUCAAGGCGAUGCAUGGUAUUUCCCUCGUGUCACGCACGGUGACAGAUACGAACCAUAACCGCUGGGACGAUAGCGACGAAGAUGACAACUGGGACGACACGAUCGAUUUUGGAGAUGGAACCAAAGUCGUCGUGAGCAAGAUUCAGCCCGCCAAGGAGGCUCCCAAGAGCGCACUGAGGGUUGAACCGAGAAAAGUUGCUGCGCCUGUACAACAGCCCAUCGCCGCUGUUGAGGCACCAGUAGUGCGUGAGAUGACGCCAGUCACACGAGCAUCUCCUGCGCCAUCUACAGCAUUGCCAGCCAAAGCGCCAGGAAACCCCUGGAAGAAACCAGAGUCAGCGCCCUCGCAACCAUUGAAUAUUGCGCAACUUGAAUUUCCUGCUGUUGGUGAAAAGGCGCCGGUGCCAUCAGCUGGCCAUGUUGCUCACAACCGCGACCGCUCAGAUUCCUUUGAUCGUGAUGGUCGGCAAGCGCACGGAGAGCGUCCACAAUAUCAAUAUGAGCAAAACAACUAUGAUCGCCAUUGGCAACAGCCACAGCCCUCCACGCGCGAGAUUUUCAACUACACGACAGGCCAGUUUGAGGAGAUUGAUGCAACAAAGGGAAGACGUCCGUCUCAGCAUGAAGGUCGUGCUCGGCCUGGACUGCUGCAAAAAAUCGCAGCAAGUGUCAAUAAAGAUGCAAAUGCAAGACGUGUCUCAAAAGAAGGUCAAGCUGCAACGCCUGCCACGGAAGCAAUCAAGUCGCCGGUUGCUACGCCCACUGACGUUGCUGCACCAGUCAAGCCUGAACCACCUGCACAACCCGCUGCACCUGUCUUGGACCCAUCUUCAACAGAAUUCAUUGAGAUGCAAAAGAAACUGAUGGCGGAUGCGCGCGCACAGGCCAUUUUGAGACGCAAGGAACAAGAUGAGGAGGAAUUCGCACGCAAGGAACGUGCACGCAAAAAGGCAGAAGAACUCGCUGCUCAGGCGGAAAAGGAGGCAGCUGCAGCGAAAGCCGCAAAAGAAGCGAAAGCGGCUGAACUGAAAGCUGCAAAAGCCAAGCAAGAGGCCGCCAAGGCACCACCGAAGCAAAUUCUGAAAGGCACCGUACCAGAAGAGCGUACUGCAUCCUCUGCAAAGCUGGAGGAAACGUGGCAGCGGGGUGUGAAGCUGCCGCAACGGAAGAGUUCGCAAGAUGUACGGCCCAAGAAGCCAUCGAUUUCAGGUCCUGUCGCGAGCUUCCAACGAGCGCCUGAGGAUGCGCCGAUUGAUGGAGAUCAAGGUGUGCAUGCGCAGCAGCGCAAUGUCUGGGGGCCUAUUGGACCAAAGCAAGCGAACGGUGAAAAACCCGUAUUGGCUAGCAGUGAUGCCUUACAGGAUCGCGCACCUACUGCAUCACCCGCUGCGCAAUCCUUGCAAAGCGAGCCAACGCCUACAACAUGGAACGCAUUUGAUGGGAUCGCAACGCGUCGACCACAAGUAUCACUGCCGGGUUCUUCGUCAAAGGAGCAUGAGCCAGCAGAUUCGUGGAAACAAUCCAAUGCAUUCAAGAAGAAUACCGCGCAACAACCAGCUUUGCAGGGCAAGGAACGGGAGUAUGUGUUUGAUGCAGCGGAUGAAGUAUUGACCCUUGAGCGCAACAACAAGCAGUCUCCUCAAGGCGCUGCACAAGCAACACGCACGUCUUCAAGGUUCUUCCCGAGUGCUGCGGGUAAUGGCAAUGCUGUCAAGAGGCCAGGCACUGCAGCGAGCCAAGAAUCUGGAUCGGGAAACAAACGUUUCAUCAGUCCCAUCUUGCCACCUAAUUUUGCAGAUGCAGACUUGUUGAGUAAUGCAGACAUUCCGGCUCUCAAGCUUCCCUCGGCAGCACAGACUGGCAAGUCGCGUACAUCUGCAACAACUACUGUCCCGCUACGCGCUAAUUUGCACAAGGUACUGCAUGCGAUUCGCGCGCAAAUGAAGCCACAGACGGCUGCGUUGUCGGAACGUGAUAUUUAUGGCAAGUUGGGACAAGGAUGGCUAGAGACGCAGACCCGCACGAUUUGGGAAGUCUUACCGCCACGUCAUGGUCAUGCGCUUGCACGACCUCGCGUUACAGUUGCAAGGCGAUCGCCAAGUGUCAAUCUAUCAAGUGCGCCAAGCGUCAAGGCAGCGAACCUGCCACCAAAAGCGCCAUGGGCACUGCCGACAACAUUGGAAGUCACCUCGCGGACCAAUGGCAUCACUGAGCCACUUGUACCACCGAAACCAUCAUUGUCGCUACCGACUCACUCGCGAGGAGUGACUCCACUGAAGCGCAGGCAGCAGAAUCAGCGUGAGCAAGGCAAAGCGUUUGUUGUAACGCGACAAGAUUUGGUGGAAGCCCCUGAUUUUAGCUCCCCGAUUCGCAUCAAGACGACCGGUCAAGCACAAGAACCCGUGCAGGUUCCGAGAAAAUAUGGGAAACGCCUUGAAAGUGGCAAGCAGGAGACGAAGCGUGCGGAUGUGCAACGGCAACCCAGGAAUAUGAAUGAUCAUGGCAAAGGACAUGGCUUCCAUCGCGGAUUCGCUGAUCGGGUGCGAACACCUGCACAGAGCGCCCCUGUUGAAGGCGGCAAGUGA